CCUGUCCUGUUCCUGUUAUCUCUGUAGACUUUCAGCAAUAUGUUGCUUCAAGUGAUCAUACAAGUGUUACUUACACAAGGUAUUUUCGGUGCAGUGCAAUUGGAUGGAAAUAAAAACUUUGGGAGUCUACUGAGACAGAAAAGAGCAUCUAAUUAUGAUUUAGUUGAUAACCAUACAGUAUGUUUAAAGAAAUCAGACCAAGUUACAGAAUCAGGUGUAACGGAGGCCGACAAGACAAUGAUUGUUAACUUACACAACAAUUUAAGAGCCAAAGUAAAACCUACUGCUAGCAACAUGUUAAAAAUGAAAUGGAAUAAUGAAAUUGCCAAUAUAGCACAGAAAUGGGCUGAAAACUGUGAUUUUCACCAUGAUUCUCGGGAUGCCAGAAAUAUUCCUGGACGAUACGCCGUUGGUCAGAAUAUAGCGACUGAUGAAGUAAGUUUCGAGGCUGCUAUAAAUCUGUGGCUUGGUGAAAAAGAAUAUUUUACAUACGGUUCAAUGGAAACCAUUUUACUGACAAUUGCACAUAAUAGACAGAUAAACUGGUGGGAGAGUAAUUUGGUCGGAUGUGGCUAUGCUAAAUGCGGAACAACCAAUUAUCAUGUUUGUAAUUAUGCUCCUGCUGGUAAUGAAAGAGGUAAAACUAACAAACCUUAUAAACUAGGAGAACCAUGCGCAGAUUGUCCCAAUAAUUGUGAUCCAAAUGGCAAAUUAUGUGUUUGUGACAAUACAUGCUGGCACGGAACCAAAAUGUCUGUUUCAGAGUGUAAAUGUGACUGUAUAAACCAACUAGCCUUUAUUACGAACAGCUGCAAACUUGAUUGUAAUGUAGCAAAUGAUGACAGUUUUUGUGAUGUAAUCGGUGAUGAUUGUGAUAGUAUAUUUAUGUAUUGUCCUAUCAAAUGCAAAAUGUGUCCAGCUGCUGAUUAUAGAAACGUAGAGAAGGAAGAACCAAACUGCGAUGGUAUAUAACAGCCCCAGUCAUCCUACUGAUAUUUAUAUUUUGUUUUUUUUAAGUAGCUUUUCUACGUGUGUUUAUGGAUACCUUUUCACGUUACUUUGCUUCUGAUGAUCAUAUCAAAAUUGUAUUCUUUUAAAUACAAAAAACUGGGUUUUAGUGCCGAAUCUUUCUGAAUAAUAUUGGAGGCGAUUUUCACCCACGUGCACCUGAUUUAAAAGGGAUUGGGGUUCAGGUUACCUGGCGAUGCACAGCAUCUCGUUAGAUGUCUAGCAAAAAAUUCUCGCAGAUGCCAGCAGUUGCUAGUUGCAGUUGUCGAAAAUCCAGAUUCUGUAAUCUGCAAUUCUGUAAAAUCGAAAUUUAUAAUUUUUUGGAUGU